AUGGCGGUUUCUAACCUCGGACCACAGAGCUACAACGUUGAGGGUCUUAGUGACUUCACUUACAAUGAGAAAACCCGCAGACAAGAGUACCGUGUUUUCUGGAAAGGUUAUUCGAAAGAAGAAUCUACGAUUGAACGCUCCAGUAAUAUUGCAUCAUCCGCAAUAUAUUACUACUGGAUAAACACACGAUUCAUCCUGCAAGAAAUGAAAAAGAUUGAGGAGACGAGACCACUGAAUGAGACUGAAAAUAAAAAGAAAAUGAUUGCUUGCCUUGCUAUGCAAAAUUUGCAUAAACUCCAGCAAGCUGGAACACCGUUCGACGUUGGUGUGGAGAGUUUUGCAUUGCCUCUGCAUCAAAAAAUCACUUUGUAUCGUCUCCAAAAUAAACAUGAUGAUCCGUUUGGAGAACAUCCAAAAAGUGAGGAAGAGUUCGCCAAAUUUGGUUUGAACGGCGUCCUCAGUUUUGGGCAAGUGGAACGUUUGUCACACUUCCGGUAUGAAGAAGCGACAAGAAAACAAGAAUAUCGUAUUCAGUGGUCAAACAACUCCGGAAGACAAUCGUGUAUGACUCAAGCGGAAUACAUCUCUUCAUCCGCUAUCUUCAAUUUCUGGCUCCACGUCUACGACAAUCUCAAUAAGUGCAUGAAAACGGAGAAGACACGGGAACUGAAUGUAGAGGAAAAGAAAGUCAAGAAUUCUAGCUGCCGAGCUAUCCAGCAUCUUGAAAAAAUGAGAACAGCAGGUCAAAACUUUCGUCCCGGGUGCGAUCCGUACAGUUUGCCACACUACCAGAAAGUGAGCAUGCGCCGCUUGGUGGCCAAUCACUCGGACCCAUUCGGUGAUUCGCUGAAAGAUGGCGAAACCGACUCAGAUGCCAGCUCGAUCGAGUCGGAUGUUGAAGUCUCCUCUGAUGAGAUAGAUUCUGAUUGA